AUGGUAAGUGUCAAUGGUCGAAAAAUUAUACGAAUAGCUGGAGGUUCAGAUGCUAAUGAGUCAUAUCCAUAUCAAGUUUCAUUAAGUACAAAACUUGGUCAUCGUUGUGGAGGUGUCAUCAUCAACAAUCGUUGGAUUUUAACAGCUGCUCAAUGCAUUCACGGAUCAUCAUUGUCAUCAUUUUUUAUAAUUGUUGGAACAAAUGUUCUCUCUGAAGGUGGCACAAAAUACUAUCCAGAAACGAUAUUUGUUCAUGAAGAAUUUAAUCAAUUAAAUUACAACAAUGACAUUGGUCUUGUUAAAACAUCAAAAGAAUGUCUAUCACAAUGGCAUUUUGCAACAGGUUCUUCAAAUGACAUCACCACUAAUCAUCUAUGUACUUAUACAAAAGUUGGAGAAGGUGUUUGUCACGGUGAUGCAGGAAGUCCGUUGGUGUUUAAUAAUACCCUUAUUGGAAUAUCAUCAUAUUCUUUUUACUGUGCAGUUGAAAAACCCGAUAUUUUUAUUCAAAUUUUGAGCUACAAAAAUUGGAUAACAACAGUCAUCAAUAAUAAUAGUUAA